AUGAGAGUCGCAUUCACGAUCUUCUCAACGGAUUAUCUGAUUUCUGGUGGCAGUGACUCUGGGUCGGAGGCAACGAAUCUCGGCCGCUCGUCAGAGGCUGAGGCAGGGUUGUGUGGCGAUGUCGAGUGGGCUGUCCUGGAUGGGCACGGCGACUCUCGCGGUGCCCAGGGCAGCCCCUGGCCUCCGUGCAGCAGACGAGAAGACCUCCUUACUGCUCAUCGCGACGGCAGAAUUCGUCUCUGGCCUGAUGGGGACUGUAGCGCCUGUGCUCCGGAGACCCUCGUGUCUCUCCGCGGCGCAGCAGUUUCGUGCUUUGCGUCAGCAUCUGGGAGCCGACAUCAUGCUUCAGGCUUGACCGGUCACCGGACAGAGGACCCGUGUAUAGUGAUUGGGACUGAGGACGGAAGUUUAAGAGUAUUUUCUCAGCCGGGGAGGGGUCGGGAAUGGGUUGAACAAGCCUGCGUUCAGGAGGCUCACGCUGCCCCCGUUACUUUCGUCGUCUGGAGUCCAGACAACUCUCACUUCGUCUCGACGGGUGACGACGGCAAGGCCAGACUCUGGUCUCGGCGGUGCCAGCCGAAGCCAAGCGAAGAGACAUGCGAGGCGCCCGUAGCCGCGGUACGAUGGUCAGAUGAGGGCGACGCCGUCGUUCUCGCGUUUGGACAGAAGCUGCGGCUGGCGACGUUCAGCCGCAGCGCCGCCACAACGCGUUCGAAAACGAGGUCUCGGCAUGGUAGACGCGAGUGGAGAGCCCACGACGGCGGCGUGCUGGCCGUCGACUGGUCGGGAACUUUGAUCCUCUCUGGCGGUGAAGAAGGCACCUACAAGAUCUGGAAUGAUGCUGGAGCGUUACUCUUCACGGGGUCUGCCCCUCCAACCCGACCGCCCGAUAAGCCAUCGGAUUCUGCUCUCCUCUCUCCUGUUACCGCUGUUCGGUGGAGCCCGCUGGCAGAGACGUUCGCCGUGGCCGCGAGCGAAUGGGUUGCCGUGUGCGACAAGUCCGGCAGCCUUCUCGCGCAGUUUUUCAAAGAGUUUGGUCAGCCGCACAGCCUCGCGUGGAACCGAAACGGGACGCGGCUCGCUGUGGCGGGCACACCGUCCUCACUGGCGAUCGGCUACGUCGCUGGAGAGCCGAGCCGAUGGAAUCACUUCGAAGUUUCAGAGGAGUCCGAGACUCGCCUUGUGCUUCGCGCGUCGCGGCCGCUAGAACUGAGGGAUCCCAUUGUUCAGUGGUCGAUUGGCUUCGGGGCCUUGAUGCUGGUCACCAGCAGGCAGUGCUACGUCUGCAAACUCUCAGCAGCUCCGUCGCUAGAGGACUGCGAAGCCGCCUACAUCGACGACCUUCAGCAACCCUGCCGCUUUCUCAAGCAGGGAGCGCGUCAUGCGUGCGCGGUUCAGCCUUCGCACAUCCAAGUCGAUCGUGGUUCGCCGCGCGUGGUACGAGUGUUCGAGGUUCUUUCUGGCGCGGCUGCUCACAGCCUGACUUCGCACUCCCUCGACAUCAAAGAGAUACGUCUCAGUCAGCAGGAAGACACCCAACGGCGGAAGCUCGCGAUUCUCGACGUCGCCGGAAAUAUCCUGAUUUCUUCGUUGCAAAGUCCGCGCUGGGUGCGACUCACCACGCAGCCUGUUCACUCGUUUGCGUGGGAAGAGCUCUCCGAUGCGCUGGCGACCGUCUCUCAAGCCACAGUGACAUGCUUCCUGUACCCUGAGGGCGCCUUCUUCAGCCCGGAGUUCCUCGAGGAGAGCCAGAUCACGAAGGACUUGGGCGACGAGAACUCCGGCAGCCGCAUCGUUGGCUUCCGAAACGGCCAUCUUUGCUUGCGAAGGCGAGAUGGUGCGACGCUUCACGUCGUGGCUGCUCCUUUUGUCGGCGCCAUUUAUGAGCAAGUCGCCCAACUCCGCUGGGACGGGGCUGUUCGCCUCUGUCGCUUGAUCAAGAGCACCGCGCUGUGGGGCUGUCUGGCGGCGAUGGCACUCUCGCAGAAUCUUGCCGUGCUGUAUCCGCCUCUGCCUCCGUUGGCCUCCACGCUGUCCCCUGAAAACAGAGAGUUGGAAGUCGCAGAGAUCGCCUGCGCGGCUCUCGGCAACAUCGCGACCGUGCAGCAGAUCCAGCGCAUUCAGAAGAUUCGACAUCCGACGCGAAAGGCAGCCGAGACUGCCCUCGUCUGCCACAAACCCGACGACGCUGUCCACGUCUUAGUCGAGCAGGGAAUGGUUUACCGCGCGCUAGAAAUCCUCAUGGAAGUCCAUCGCUGGGAGGAUGCACUCGCCCUAGCUACGGCGUGCAAAACACACGUGGACACGGUUGUUGCGCAUCGAAAAAAGUUUUUGGAAGGCUUCAACCUGCGCGAAACAAAACCCAAGUUCGAGGCAGCUUUUGCAGCGACUCAGAUCGACUGGCUCGCCAUCCAAGCUCGGAUUCGGCAGGAUGUCGAGAAAGAAGAGAACGCAGCAGUGGCUGGAUGCUAG